UCUAUCUCUCAUUAUAAAUCCUCCAUUGUUAAGUGCUUAUCGACUAUCUUUUUUCAAAUCCACAGAAACCUCUCUCCUUUCUGGAUAUGGAAGAUUACUCCAUCAAUUCAUCUGCUGUUUCUAAACAAAAAACAUCACCCGAGGACGAUGAUUCAGUCGAAGAAAGCGGCUGGACUGCUUAUUUUGAAGCUUUCUCCGACAACAACAAUCAAUAUCAGCAGCAGCAGCAGCAAAAUAGUUAUUGUUCUAGUCUCAGUUGCGGUUCUUCGUUGAUCUCCGAUGCCGCCACGACCCGAGGCGCUGCAUGGAAAUCAUCGUCGUCCCACAAUAAUAUCGACCUUCAUCACCGUGUUUUUCCCAAGAAGUUGAGGUUCAAGAAAACAAGAGCCGCAGAGAUUUGUGACGAGGAUGAUUCUUUGGAGGAUACCGCAAGCUCACCGGUCAAUAGUCCCAAGGUUAGUGAUGACUGGAAAUCAAACAAUAUGAAUCCCAGAAAGAGAGAAGACCAAGCUGCACGUAAUUCUCUGGGGAAGGAAAGUGCAGAUAAUUGUUCAGGCAUACAUAUUGAAGAAGAAGAAGAAAACAAAUUGAAUUUUCGUGAUGGGAAGAAUGAUUGUACAGAGUUAAACAAAAGAGGGUUGUGCUUGGUUCCUUUCUCGAUGUUAGUUAACUAUCUCCGUUAAUAUCGUUAAUCCGCAUACACCAACGAUUUUCGAUCAUAUCGUUUUUCACAUGAUAGAUAUUACUGUAAUUGAUCGUCACGGCCAAACACAACAUGAUCGAAACUAGUUGUCUGAGAACAAGAAAUAGGAAUCAAGAAAGAACGACAAUAAUAUUUAGUUGCACCCACUCCCUCUUCUUCCCCUCCUGUCUUC